CACGAAUAGCAGACAAGAUGAGUGACAGUCGGAAACGAAGCAGCAUGUAAAAUUAUAUUAUUCUGGAAAUUAUAAGGUUUAGUAUAACUAAAUUGAAUAAUUUAAGUGAUAUAUCUGCACACAUAGUAAUCAUAGAUCAAAACAGCGCUAAAUUUGGCUGAACUAUAAAAGGCAGAAGUGGUAAAUCAAAGAGCCGAGUUUGGGAGCCGAAAGAGUUGGCUCUUCUUUGGUGAGCUGAGCCAAAUGAUCUGGCUCAUUAAAAAGAGCCGGAAUUCCCAUCACUAGUUUUAGCAGAGAGGAAAAAAUUAAGGGUAAAAUGAGCUGCUGGAGGAUACAUUUAUUUAUAAAGAUGGAGAGUUGGAAAAGGGAUGGACGAGAAGAGGGGAAAUAAGGGUAAAACUAGCAGAGAGAGAGAGGUGGGAUGGGGAUGGGGAUGGGGGGCUGAGGAGUAGAGGAGGAGCAGAGGAGAGGAGAGGAAAAGGGGAGGGAUGAAGGAGUGAAGUGUUUGGAGACAGACUCAGGUGUGCGUGACUGGAAAACGGAGGGAGCUCGGAGGCUGCACAGCAAUCAGAGGCAGCUGUGUGUUUGACAUUGGACUACACACAUCGGCAGUAGCUCUUCUCUCUGUGACAGCAACUUGCAACCUCAUUAUCAAGCAGGGACCGUGCUGCUGACGCCGGAGAGGCAUAUAGAUUAAUACAAGCUACAGUUAGGCCUACGCAACAACAGAGAGACGCAGAGGGGGGAGCGUGACAGAGAGACACAGCAUGUAUGUGACUGUGUGAGAGAGGCACGCUGGAGGAUUGCAAAUGAAACAGUGGCUUGUCUUUGGUUGCACCGCUGCACCUGUCCCAGCUGUUGCAGUGAUGGUCCCAUCUUGAAAUCCGGGGGAGAGAAAGACAAGUCAGAAGAAAGGAAUAUAUCAAAAUCAUCCAAUUUACAAAAGCUCGUCUGUGCCACAAACUCAGGCCAUGGCCAGGAAAGGUGUUUCUCGGACAAGUAGCUUCCUGUGACGGCUCCACGUGACACAUUUGAGAUCUGCUUCUUCUUUUGUUACCUCAACGGAUCAAGAUGAUGCUUUGGCUGCUGCUAAUUCUGUCCAUUUGGGUGGGAUCUGAUCGAGCUGAAUCUGCUGCGUCCGAACGGCGAGUUGUAGCACACAUACCUGGUGACAUCAUCAUCGGAGCGCUGUUCUCCGUCCAUCAUCAGCCUCCUGCUGACAAGGUACAUGAGCGCAAGUGUGGCGCGGUGCGAGAGCAGUACGGCAUCCAGAGGGUGGAGGCCAUGAUGCACACACUGGACCGCAUCAACACCGACCCGCACAUCCUUCCCAACAUCUCCCUCGGCUGCGAGAUCCGGGACUCCUGCUGGCACUCGGCUGUGGCUCUGGAGCAGAGCAUCGAAUUCAUACGGGACUCGCUGGUCUCCUCCGACGAGGCCGAGGAGUGGGGUGGAGGACUUUCCUGGGGAGGGGGUGGAGAAAGAGCAGGAGGUGGAGGUGGAGGUGGAGGAGGACCGACGAUGAAGUGUGCAGACCCCUCUGCCACUCCAAUGCGGGGGAAGAAACCCAUUGUGGGUUUAAUUGGGCCGGGGUCAAGCUCAGUGGCCAUCCAGGUCCAGAACCUCCUACAGCUGUUCAACAUACCACAGAUUGCCUACUCUGCCACCAGUAUGGACCUCAGCGAUAAGAGCCUUUACAAGUACUUUAUGCGGGUGGUGCCUUCAGAUGCCCAGCAGGCAAGAGCUAUGGUGGACAUCGUCAAGAGAUACAACUGGAGCUACGUGUCUGCUAUACACACUGAAGGCAACUAUGGUGAAAGUGGGAUGGAAGCGUUCAAAGACAUGGCAGCCAAGGAGGGAAUCUGUAUCGCCCACUCUGGCAAAAUCUGGAGCAACGCCGGAGAGCAGAGCUUUGAUCGGCUGCUGGAGAGACUGAGGGGCCACCUGCCCAAGGCCAGGGUGGUGGCGUGUUUCUGUGAAGGCAUGACUGUCCGCAACAUCCUCAUGGCCAUGAGACGCCAGGGACUGGUAGGAGAGUUCCUACUCAUCGGCAGUGAUGGAUGGGCGGACCGGUAUGAUGUAACAGAUGGCUAUGUUAGGGAAGCGGCGGGUGGUAUUACCAUCAAGCUCCAGUCGGCCGAUGUAAAAUGGUUUGAUGAGUACUACCUUAAGCUUCGUCCUGAAAACAACCUCAGGAACCCGUGGUUUCCAGAGUUCUGGCAGCAUCGUUUCCACUGUCGACUUAAAGGUCACCCACAGGAGAACAGCAAAUAUAACCACACCUGUGGCAAGCGAGACUCGCUACGGCAGCAGUACGCACAGGACACUAAGAUGGGGUUUGUCAUUAAUGCCAUCUACUCGAUGGCAUAUGGCCUGCAUAACAUGCAACGGGCACUCUGCCCAGGCUAUCAGGGCCUGUGUGAUGCCAUGAGACCUAUAGAUGGUGCUACACUGCUGGACUUCUUGAUGAAAACCAACUUUACAGGCGUGUCAGGGGAGGGAAUCUUAUUUGAUGUGAACGGAGACUCACCUGGCAGGUAUGAAAUAAUGAACUUCAAAAAGAUGGGGAAGGACUACUACGACUAUAUUAACAUUGGCAGCUGGGACAACAGAGGCUUGAGGAUAGAUGAUGAUGAAAUCUGGCUUAGCAAAGACGGCGUGAUCAAGUCAGUCUGCAGUGAACCCUGUGACAAAGGACAAAUUAAGGUGAUCCGUAAAGGUGAGGUGAGCUGCUGCUGGACGUGCACGCCCUGUAAAGAAAACGAGUUUGUAUUCGACGAGUACACCUGCCGAGGCUGUGAACUGGGCUCCUGGCCUACAGAUGACCUCACAGGCUGUGACCCAAUCCCAGUGGAGUACCUGCGCUGGGGAGACCCUGAACCCAUUGCUGCUGUGGUCUUUGCCUGCCUCGGUCUAAUGUUCACGUUCUUUGUUACUGCAGUCUUCAUCAGGUUCCGGGACACCCCAGUAGUGAAAUCGUCCAGUAGGGAGCUGUGCUACAUAAUACUGGCAGGGAUCUGCCUGGGGUACCUGUGUACCUUCAGCCUCAUAACCAAACCCUACGUCGUCCACUGCUACCUCCAGCGACUGGGAAUAGGCCUGUCACCUGCCAUGAGCUACUCGGCGCUUGUCACUAAGACGAACCGCAUCGCUCGGAUCCUAGCAGGCAGCAAGAAGAAGAUCUGUACAAAGAAACCUCGCUUCAUGUCUGCCUGCGCUCAGCUCAUCAUUGCCUUCCUCCUCAUACUGCUGCAGCUGGGAAUCAUCGUGGCUCUCUUCCUCAUGGAGCCACCUGCGGUGAUCCAUGACUACCCCAGCAUCCGCCAGGUCAACCUCAUUUGCAACACCAAUAACCUGGGCGUGGUCACCCCGCUGGGAUACAAUGGCCUGCUCAUCCUCAGCUGCACCUUCUAUGCCUUCAAGACUCGCAACGUCCCAGCUAAUUUCAACGAGGCUAAGUACAUUGCCUUUACCAUGUACACCACCUGUAUUAUCUGGCUGGCCUUCGUACCCAUCUACUUUGGCUCCAACUACAAAAUUAUCACCAUGUGCUUCAGCGUCAGCCUCAGUGCCACUGUGGCACUGUGCUGCAUGUUCGUACCCAAGGUGUACAUCAUUCUAGCCAAACCAGAGCGUAACGUGCGCAGUGCCUUUACCACUAGCACAGUGGUGCGCAUGCACGUGGGCGACGGCAAAUCGUCCUCAGCCGCCAGCCGUUCUUCUAGUCUGGUUAACCUGUGGAAACGCAGAGGCUCUACCGGAGAGACACUCAGCUCCAACGGUAAAUCAGUGUCUUGGGCGCAGACGGAGCGCAGCGGCUCACGUGGCAACCACCUGUGGCAACGGUUGUCCUUCCACAUCAAGAAGAAGGAGAACAAUCAGACUGCCGUCAUCAAGCCCUUCUCCAAAACAUCCGAGGAGCGUUACUGUGGAGGGGGGGACCUGCACCCACAUAUCCCUCUGCCCUCCCUCCCCUCCAUGUCCUCCCUGUCCAUUCAUCCUGACUCCAUCACGGACAAGACCCUGUAUGACCUUUCUGAAGUAGAGGAGCGCUACUCCAUCACAUACCGGCCGCAGACGCCCUCACCAAUCAGCACGGUCAGCCAGAGCUUCGGGGCAGGCGUAGGGGAGGAGCCCAUGAUGGUUGGUAUUCCAAACUACCCUAGUAGCAUUUGCAGUGGCGGCAGCAGCGGCGCCAGCAGUUGCGGUCCCGGCAGCAGUUGCGGCCCCGCCAGCAGCGGCUCUCUGGUCGUGGGGAGUGACGGCCGUUUGGUUAUUGUGGACGAUCACCCGGGACAGGGCCCGAGUUCACUGAUGGAUCAGAUCAGCUGCGUGGUAAACCGUUUCACCGCCAACAUCACCGAGCUCAACAGCAUGAUGUUGUCAUCCUCUCCGUCGCACUCGCACAUACACACGCCUCCUUCUCCUCACCCCGCCGACCCAUAUCUGUUGCCCCGUGAAAUCCCGAUGCCCCCGACCGUCACCACCUACGCCGACGUCCAGCCCCUCCCACCGGUCGAGUCCAGCAUGGGUGGCCGGGGUGGCUGUCUCGUUCACCCUAUUCCUCAUUCACCUUACCCCCUGCCGCCGCCUCACACCCAGACCUCCCCCUCUCUCUCCCCUAUGCGAGGAAACAUGCUCACCUGCCUCACCAACUCCCCUCUGAGAAGGGGGGAGCUGGAGGAGGAGCUCAUUGCUUUGACUCCGCCGUCGCCUUUCCGCGAUUCCCUGGCAUCUAGCAGCGGCUCACCCGUCUCGGAGACAGGUCUGUGUCUCCCCCCAGUCCCUUCCCAUCCUCCCCCCUCUCCCCCAUCGCCCAGGUACAGCAGACUGACGCUCAGAAACUACAGCCAGAGUUCAUCCUCACUGUGAGGCACGCGAAGAAAAAAACGCAGAAGUGAGCAGGAGCGCUCAAAAACAACACGGUCAACUUGAGUGAAGAGUUUGGGAUGGAAAGACUGAAAUCCAUUCGUCCCCUAUACCGGGAGUAAAAAGUCGUGGAGGGCUGGUUGGUGAAGACACCAAGCUGCGACAGUCUGCUGUGUUUGUGUUUACAUGUUUGCAGUGAGAUGCAAGUAUAAGAAGCUCGCCCACGUUGUAUUUCUCAUAGUGCAGUUUCUCACAAGCGGGGCGUCAAGAACUGCAAAAAAGGGCCACUAUGACUUUGCAGAGUUUUCUGUAAAGUCACAAAUCAUUCUCGAAGGUCUAGAGCUACACAUCAUUUAGGUUUGGGUAGUGGCCUUAAGGUAACAUGGCUAUCAACUAAUUAGAGUUUGUAUGUACGUGUGUAUGUGUGUGCGUGCGUGUGUGUGCGUGCACGAGUAUGUUUUUGCUGUAUCUUCGUUAAUGAGAUGUAUUGGAAACAUGAAAUCGAAGAGUAUUGAUGAUGUAAGACUCCUAAAAGCCUGUACGGACUAAAUGGAGGCUAUCAAAGGCACACAUAUAUAUUUACUGAUACACACACAAACACAUAAGGAGUGAGCACACACAAACAAAUACAAUGUAAGGGAAAAACACUGUAAAUAUAUGAGAGGUUAUGGAUAUUUUUCUGGUGAUAAAAUCCAACAUGCUUCUGACAAAAGUGCAUUGCGUUAACAUACCGGACUGUAUGUUACUCUGAAGAACUUUCUCGUCCAAUCUGUCCCCUCUACAUCGCUUUCUUUUCCUCAGUCCCUCUUUCUUUUAUCCUGCCAGUAUUUCAGUGUUUUUUACUCUUCCAGUUUGUUUUCUUCAGAAGUUUGAAUGUAUAUUUUCUACAUGAUUCCUGAAGCAGUUGGGACCAAACCUUUUUGUACAUCUCUGUCUAUGACUCGAGAAAGAGGGAGAGGAGGGAUUGACAAAACCGGGCCUCGUUUUACCAUAAACAUCUUAGUCAUUAAAUCAUGUUCAGGUGGCAGAAAUCUGACCACAAAGCGUAUAUAUAGCGUGUGUGACAUUUGGCAAAGCAUAAUGUGAGGCUCAGCUGGAUCCCCGUCAUGACAUUUUCUCCAUACAAUGUGUCAGCAUGACGCAAGUGUCAUCAAAGACGGUGCUUUGAAUGGGAUUAAUUGGAAUCAUCUCUUAUGUUAGUGGGCACAGAUUGAUAGAUUCGAGCUGGGAGAGCUUCUACCAGCGUCAUCUGUUUGCUCAGGUGAAAAGACCUUUUUGAACUUCUCCACUCUUUUCAGACAAAGAGGGGCAGAACAAUAAAAGAGGUUCAUAUUGAACGGACAGACAUGAGAGUGGUAUCGAUCUUCUCAUUCUCAGCAAGAAAGCAAAUCAGUGAAUUGCCAAAAUGUCAAUCUGUUGCUUUAAAGUAACAUCUGGCCUCAUGAGAGUAAUCCCAAAUGUCAUACUUCAUGCAUUGUGAAAAAAUGUUACGAGUGAACACAAUCCAAGUGGUAAUCACAUUUUCUCUAAAAGGUAUUUGGCAAUAGUAGUAUAUCGUUUCCAAUUGCAAAUUUAAAGGAACAGUGUGCAACAUUUUGGGGGAUCUAUCAAUAAUGCACAGCUGUAAGGGUUUAUUUCACAACAAUGUUCCGCUCCCUGUACAUUAUCCCGCUUAUUACACGGCUACCUACUUAAGAAACUGCGUCCAGCAGAGGAAGGAGGCGUGUGUUUGUGCGAUUGCGACGGAGAGGAUGACAACAUCAUGCUGUUGAGCUCGAGGAUGUUGGCGGUGAAGCGGUUUACCACGCAGCUGAUCUGAUAGCAACGGUCUGUUAUACAUAGCAAUGGUCUGCUAAAGAAAUAACAGACCGUACAAACGCUGUCAUUGACCAAUCAGAAUCGAGUAUUCA